AUGUCAAGUAUUUCAUCAGAUAAAAGAGAAUUUCGAUCUAUUGUCCUAGGUUUAAAAACUCUAAACCCAUCAUGGUCAGCAUCUCAAAUUGCUACCUUUCUUCAACAAUCUGAAAAUCCUCCGUCAGCGAAAAGACAUCAACUUGUAACAAAAAUCGGAAGAACAUUGACAAGAAACACAAUCAAUGAUAGACAAAGAUCAGGACGUUCAAUCUCAAUAUCAACACUAGUCUUUCAACAACAAGUGAAAACAUCAAUCAGAUUAAAAAGAGAAGCUUCGAUUAGAAAUGUAACAGCGAAUAUGAACAGACAUGGAAUUAAAUGUUCGACACAAACUGUUUAUAAUACUCCUCGAAAAUUAAAAUUAAAAUGGUUUAAAACAAAAAAAUCUCAAAAAUUAACAAAUCAAAAUAAAAUUAAAAGAAUAGCUUGUGCUAAAUAA